CGAUGGCACCAGUAGCAAGGUAGUAGGAAAAGUCAAGCCGCCUUGGAUGUUUUCUCUUAGUCUAUUGCCGUGGUACAACUUCCUCGUACAGUGAGGGAUGGGAUCACCACUGGGCAUGGCGGCUCUAGGCUUAUCUUUGAUACCACCAUGGAGCUUUCUCUACGCUCUCGCUCUCGGGGCCCUGGCUUCUCUGUCUCUGUGGUGCGCAUGGCGCGUGCUAGCCGGUGCUUGGCUCGGCCCGCAGAGGACGGCCCGGGCCCUGCGGUCCCAGGGCCUCCGCGGCACGACGUACCGCUUCCCCUCCGGCGACAUGAAGGAGUACGUGCGGCUCAUCGUGGCGGCGUGCUCGGAGCCUAUGCCGCUGUCGUCACACGCCGUCACCGCCCGAGUGCUGCCGUUCGACCACGGCGUCGUCAGGGAACAUGGCAAGGUUGCUGUGACUUGGUUUGGUCCAGAGCCAAGGGUGGUCGUGACCGACCCUAAACUGUUCCGGGAGAUCCUGGCGAACAAGCACGGGCAGUUUGGGAAGCAGAAGUCCAUUCUUCGGAUCGAGAGACUCUUGGCCAACGGGCUGACCACCCACCAAGGUGAGAAGUGGGUCACCCACCGGAGGAUCAUCAACCACGCGUUCCAUCUCGAGAAGCUCAAGAGGAUGUUGCCGGCUUUUGCUGCCUGCUCCGGUGAACUCGUGGGUAGAUGGGAAAACUCUGUGGGGUCGAGUGAUGCGCAGGAGAUUGAUGUGUGGCCAGAGUUCCAGAAUCUCACGGGUGACGCCAUCUCUCGAGUGGCGUUCGGGAGCAGCUUUGGCGAAGGGAGAAAGAUCUUCCAGUUGCAAUCGGAGCAGGCACAAAAUGCUGUCAAGAUGGCAAACGUGAUGUAUAUCCCAGGUUACAGGUUCCUACCAACGAAACUCAAUAGGAGGAUGAAGGCAAACGCCCGUGAGGUUGAAAUGCUUCUGAAGGGCAUAAUCACGAAGAGGGAGAGGGUGAUGAGGGACGACCAUGCCGACAACGACGAUCUACUAGGCGUGAUGAUGGAGUCCAACAUUAAAGAAACCCAAGAAGCUGGAAGCUCCAAGCCGACCAUGACCACCGACGACAUAGUCGGGGAGCUGAAGCUGUUCUAUUUCGCAGGCAUGGAGACAACCGCGGUGCUUCUCACAUGGGCGAUGGUCCUGCUAAGCAUGCAUCCCGAGUGGCAGGACCGUGCGAGGCAGGAGGUUCUGCGCGUCUUUGGAAAGAACCAGCCGGAUUCUGAGGGCAUAAAUCGGCUGAAAGUCGUGACAAUGAUACUACAUGAGGUUCUCAGGCUCUACCCACCGAUCCUACAGCUUAGCCGGGAGGCGUACGAGGAGACGGAGCUGGGAGGCAUCACGUAUCCACCCGGCGUAACAUUUGCGCUGCCCAUUGUGUCCGUUCACCAUGAUCCAGAUGUGUGGGGCGAAGAUGUUGACGAAUUCAAGCCGGAGAGAUUAGCGGAGGGUGUCGCCGCCGCGUCCAAGGACUCGCCGGCGUUCUUCCCGUUCGGCUGGGGCCCGCGGAUAUGUGUCGGGCAGAACUUUGCGUUGCUGGAGGCCAAGAUAGGACUGAGCAUGAUCCUGCAGCAUUUCUUGUUCGAGCUCUCGCCGUCUUACACGCAUGCGCCGUGCCCGGUCUCUACUCUGCAGCCCCAGCACGGGGCGCAGAUUAAGUUCACGAAACUCUGAACACCUUAUUAUAACAUCCAUAGACGGAUGGAGACAUGGAGUAGCAGGGAUUAUGUACAUAGUGAUUUUCAGAAUAUUGGAAAUGUUAAAGCUGAAUCCACUUUGACCAUAAUAAAUGUCCCUUUCCCACAAAA